AUGGCGUUCAAACGAUUCGAAGGUGCAGAGCACUCCUCUGUGUACGCAAAAUACCGACCUGUAUGGACAACGGGCAUCACAGAUAGGGUUUUAACAUAUCUCCAGGAGAGAUAUCCAGCACCAUAUGACCAUGCCAUAGAUGUCGGUUGUGGCUCAGGUCAGUUUACACAGCUUCUGGCCCCUCACUUUAAACUAGUGACGGGUAUAGACAUCAGCGCUAAUCAGAUUUCAGAAGCAAUCAAAGGGAACAAAAGAAAGAAUAUCACAUACAAAAUGGGUGCUGCCGAAUGUUUCCCAAUCGCUGACCAGUCUGUGGAGCUAGUUACCUGUGUUCAAGCUGCCCACUGGAUAGAUAUGGACAAGUUCUAUGCUGAAGCUUACCGGGUGCUAAAACCGAACGGCUGCGUGGCACUGAUUUCAUAUACCUUCCCAGAAUUUGGCUCACAUCCACCAGCAAAAUUCUUGACGAAGUAUAUAAGGGAUUAUUAUGACAAGCUUUGGGAGGCAUCAUGCCACGAUGAGGUGAUUAAACAUGUUCAUAACAGAUACCCUGACGAAAUAUUUGCCUGUAGACCACCACUGGAAGAUCAUCUUAGGGACGACACAAAGACCAUGGAACAUGAAAUGACGGUGGGGGAAGUCGUUGGAUUUGCAAGUUCCUGGACUGGUUCCGUCAGAUACCUAAAGAAAUAUUCCAGCAGUGAUAUAUUGGAGACCAUGCAGAAAAACAUACUGGAAACAUUGGGAGAGGAUGCCACCUUGGAUACUGUUGUACGUGCCACAUUCCCAGUAUUCAUCUUAUUCGGCAGAAAGCCUGGUUAA